GGUAGAACAAGAGCAUCAUCACUUGUUGGGCCUGGGCCCUAGUCUUUGCUCGAUCAAUCAAUUCAUCAAUCAUACCAUCAAUCAAGUCAUCCAAGUCAUCGUCCUUUUCUCCCGUACGAUAUUUCUUCGCAUCGUACCAUUUUCCUUCUUCUCUCAGUGAUUGUUUAUAUAUCAGUACGACAAGGAACGACAACAACGACAGCAGCAUCAGCAGCAGCAAUAACAACAGCAACAACAACACCGACACCAACAAUAACAAUACCAACAGUAGUAAUAGCAGCAGCACGACCAAGAUGCGCUUCAAGGUCGUGUCGUCAAUGUGCACAUUCGCAACUACUACGAAGCUGGUUCCGGUGGCAGUGGCAGUUGUGGCGGUCGUGGUGGCCGAGGUGAUGGUGGUGAUGGAGGCGGCGGCAUUCGCCGCCGUAGUCGCUCGAGUCGACGGGCGCGCCAAGAGCGCGCCCAGAGGCAUAGGGCCAACCUAGCCAACGCCUCCCCCGACGUCCUCCCCGUGCCUCCGGCGACCGCACUCCUCGCCCGGUGCACUUGGGAGCCGGAGCCUUCUUUGCCAAGUCAUAGAGCGCGGGAGCAGUCUCCUUGUUCUUCUUGGCUUGCUCCUUGUUGUCCGGCAUUUUGUUUGCGUUUUUGGGGUUAUCGAAGGAAUUUGCGAGGUGUGAGAAAUGGACUUGAAGAUUUUGUACUGUGAUCGUUUUCCUUGAAUGGAACUGAGUGAUUGUGUGGGUGUUGUGAGUGUCUGUCGAAGGAAACGAUUUCUCGAGUUUAUGCUUGGGAAGAUGCUCGACUUUAUACCCGUCGAGCUGAAGAGAAUCUUAUGAAAG